AUGGAUAAGGAUGUGUGUAAAACGCUUAUUGCUCUAACUAACUCGUUUUCCAAAAAUUUGGACGAAAAAGGAGACUAUAAAAUUAUUAUUAAUGGAAACAUUUUAAGUAAUUAUUGCAAUAGUAACGAAUGUAGUGAUAAUCUCGCAAAAAUUAAUGCUGGAUGCUUAUAUUUGCUUGAUGCAUUCUUUAAGAAUUCUUCUGUGUUUAAGUCUUAUGCAAAAAGUAAUAUCGAUGUUGUUGAAUACAUUAUCAUAUGGUUAAGUUAUAUGCUAAACCUAAAGGAACAUGUAGGAAAGACCAAUUUACAAUAUUUUUAUGAAAUGUAUAUAAAUCGUGGUGAUAAGUAUAAAAAUUCUAAAACUGAUAUUACGGGGUACAAUAAUUAUAAGGAUAUUAUAGAUAAUAAAAUUGAUUUGAUAAAUAUGGAUAUGAGCAUUGUACCUAAAUUAUAUGAAGCAUUUAAUAAAUUAUGUAUGAUGCAUUUUGAAUUUGAUAAAGAAAGUCCAAAAUGCAAUAAAUAUUUGAAAGAAGCUAAAGAAUUUGUUGAAAAAUAUGAAUAUCUUAAGAAAAAUUAUAGUAUUACUGAAAAUAGUCCAUAUUAUAAAUUAUUGUCUACACUAUCAAAGGAUUAUGAUAAUUUUAAAAAGAAUUGUAGUGAUGUUAAUUGUAAGGAUAUUCCACCCCUUCAAUCAAUUGAAAAAACAAAAAAUAUUGUAGAUUUUUCUAAACAAAAUUCUGAAGUUGGAUCAUCAAGUUCGUCGAUAACAAACAAUUUAUUUAUAGUUUUAUCGAUAUUUGGUGCAAUAGCAUUUUUUUUGGGAAUUUCUUAUAAGUAUUCGUUAUUUGGAUUUCGGAAACGAUUUCAAAAACAAAAAUUAAGAGAAAAGCUAAAAAAUAUAAAGAAGAGAAUAAAUCAUUAA